CUCCAUCACUCCGCUGCUUCUUUUUCCCAACUGUGAAGAAGAGUAAACCAGAGAAGUGAGGGUUUGGAAAAUGGGCGUCGGAGGCAAAUUCUGGGACUUGCUAAAGCCCUACGCCAGGCACGAAGACCCUGAUUUCCUGAGGGACAAACGGGUCGCUGUCGAUCUUUCUUACUGGAUCGUCCAAAACGAGACCGCCAUCAAGACCUACGUCCUCAACCCUCACCUCCGCCUUACUUUCUUCCGGACCCUCAACCUCUUCUCCAAGUUCGGCGCUUUCCCGGUGUUUGUUGCCGAUGGGACUCCUUCGCCGUUGAAGUCUCAGGCGAGGAUAGCUCGAUUCUUCAGAUGCUCGGGAAUUGAUGCUGCCCGUUGGCCUGUGGCUGAAGAAGGUGUCUCCGUGGAGAGAAACGGGGCGUUUUUGAAGUGUGUUCGAGAGUGCAUUGAAUUGCUUGAACUCUUCGGGAUGCCGGUUCUUCGAGCCAAGGGCGAGGCUGAAGCGUUGUGUGCCCAGCUGAAUCGGGAGGGUCAUGUAGAUGCUUGUAUCACUGCUGAUAGUGAUGCUUUUCUCUUUGGUGCUAAGUGCGUGAUUAAAUCCGUCAAACCCAAUUCUAAAGAGCCAUUUGAGUGUUAUCGUAUGUCAGAUAUUGAAGCUGGUCUUGGGUUAAAGAGGGAACAUUUAAUAGCCAUUUCUCUCUUGGUUGGAAAUGACCACGAUCUUAGAGGAGUUCAAGGGAUUGGAAUUGAUAAUGCUCUUCGGUUUGUUCAAAGUUUUGGUGAAGAAGAGAUAUUAGAUAAAUUGCAUGAUAUUGGCAGUGGGAAGGCUCCUUUUCCUCAGGGUGGUCCAAAAGUCGUUGGCAGUCCCAUGCUUCUUGCAGAUGACAGCUCACCAAAGUCCAGACCUGCUCACUGCUCAGUUUGUGGCCAUCCUGGCAGCAAGAGAGCACAUUCAAAGUCAUCUUGUCAGGAUUGUCAUCCCAGUGGCGGGGAUGGCUGCACGAAAAAGCUGAAUGGAUUUAGGUGCAAAUGCACUAGCUGUGAUAGAGAGAGAGAGGCAAGGCAGCUGAAAAGGCAUGAAAACUGGUACACGAAAGUAUGUGAGAAGAUAGCCAGGGAGCAGAAUUUCCCAAACGAUGAAAUAAUUGAGAUGUAUUUGUGCAAUGAUAACGGAAACAUCACUGAUGGUGGUUCCUGUAUUUCAUGGCAGCAGCCUGAAACUGACAUGUUGGUUGACCUUUUGGUGUUUCGACAGCAUUGGGAACCCUCUUAUAUCAGACAGAGGUUGCUUCCUAUGCUGUCCACCAUCUACCUGAGAGAAAUGGCACAACAGACAGAGAAGAAUUCUAUGUUGAAUGGGCAAUAUGAAUUUGAUUCAAUUCAGCGCAUAAAGAUCAGGUACGGACACAAAGCUUUGGUUGUGAAGUGGAGGAGAGGAGGAAGCUCAAUUGGCAGUGGCCGCAAUUUGUGUCUUGUUGAUGAUAAAGACCAAAAAAAGAUUGUGGAGAUUGUUGAUGAGAGUUCUGAUGACUCGGAAGAAUGGGAAGAAACUGGGGUUCAUGUUGAUAAUGAGGGUCAGUUUGUCCUGACAGAUGAACAUAUGGAACUUGUCCGUGGUGCAUUUCCCGGCGAAGUUAGUAAAUUCUUAUUGGAAAAGGAACUUAAAGAAUCCAAGAGAAAGCGUUCUAGAACAGGAGGAUCCGGUGUCAGCAUCUUGUUACUAGAUUGCGAUUCUGUGUGUUCGACGAUUCUCUCCAAAAUGCUUCGUGCCUCUGGCUAUACAGUUACAACUGCUAAGUUAGCCAAGGAGGCACUCUACAUCCUGCGGCACAGACAAGGUGAAAUUGAUCUGGUCCUUACAGAGUUGUACUUGCCUGACAUGGGCAAAUAUGAGCUUCUGGAGACGAUAAGGGAAAUAUCUACAUUGCCAGUUGUGGUAUUGUCCUCCGACAUCAGUGAGAAUGUGAUGCUAGGCUGCCUAUUCAAAGGUGCUGCAUUUUACAUUCCCAAACCUGUCAUUAUGCAAGACAUCAAAAACCUGUGGCAGUUCUCUUUUAUGACGAGACAAAACUCCCUGAAGAAGCUUGGAAGAGGAACGACUGAGCCAACUCGACUUGUAGAUGCCAGACCAAAGAAGAUACUUGAGUACAUGAAAGUGCCAGAGCUGAGCAAAGCCAAUAUCUCAAGCCAUUUACAGAAGCACCGUCUCUCUUUAACGAGACUGCGUGAGGAGCUCGAAAUGGCAGUGCUUCGAGGUAACAACGCUGCUUCGCCACAUUUCCGCCUACUGGAGGGAAGAAGUUUGUCUUCUUCCCCGGUGUCCUUGACAAGGAUAGCAGCAGCAGCAUCAACAUGCAAAACACCAACAUUUCACAACAAUACAAGAAGUACGCCCAUCUUGGGAUGUUCCUUCGGCUCCCACCAUCUUACUGCUCAAGUGGAUCCGUCAAGUCAGAUAAUAUCCCCUCGACCUGGGUUGAACAGCGUAUCUCUGGGCUCAACAAUGCCCGAGAACUCAUUGCAGCUUCGGCAGCAAUAUCUGCAGCCACAGCAGCAGGCUCAACAACCUGCGGAAGACUCUGAACUGGAGCAAAUAUUGUUAGCUUCAGUUGAAGACUUCCUUCUAGAUGAUCAGCCAGUAAAUUGACCGUGAAAGAGGGGCUAUAUACUAGUCAGAACUCUAAGAACUAUAUUGCUGGAAUGGCAUUGUUAGUAUUGUGGUUGGGUUAUCUAUUUGCAACUAAAAUUGAAAUCUUGUGCAAGCCUCUUUUCCAUUUUCUUUUCAAUCUUAUGUUAAAUUAGAAUUUGACAAAAUGCAUUGGUGGAUCCAAGGAUCAUAUGGAUUGGUG